AUGCCCAAGUCCUAUUUCGCAACCUCGAGUCGUGAUUGUUCCCCGGAUGGUCCUGUUGCCUUGGGGAGCAUUCUUGUCGACCCACGUGAUCCCGAAGCGCCGCUCAGCGACAGACCCAUUUCCAUUGACACCGAGACAGUCCAGAGCCACGACCAGUACGACGUACAGAUAAACUUAGCGAAUAUUGAUCGAACGAGUGCUGGGCUCUUUGCCAAGAUUUUCCACAGUACCGGACUUGUUGUGUCUGGAAGCAGCAGCACUCGCGUACAGUCCUCUGCGAGCAUCCAGAGACUUCAGACAUUGUCCUUUGAACCUUCUGAUGACUACAUGAAAAAGAGUCUAUCUGUGCCCAAAGUGCAACAGUAUCUUGCCCGCUAUCAUAUGCGGAAGCGCGUCUUUGUCAUCACUGGAGUCAAGGUCGCGUUCGGUGCAAAGGUCAAGGACACUGAGAGUCAUCACGGGAACGUCGAUGCAUCUAUUGGGCUGGACGGUGAUGCGAUUGGUGUGCCUCUCAGCGCUGGCCCGCAUGCAAACAUUCACCAAGGAGCAUCGCAAUCAGUCUCAUUCAAAGAAUCGUCUCCCUUCAUCCUUGCAUAUCGGCUAAGAGAGAUCCGGUAUAGAAAGGGAAUUCCGACCGAAACCAAGCCGUACCGUAACGGCGCUUUAUACGAGCUUGGACAGAAUAUGCAAGAAGGUCCAGGCAUGGAGAACGACAGCACUCAAUAUGAGGAGGCUAUUUUCAUGUCUAUUGAUGAUGAAGACCCAUCGCGGCUGUCAUACGCGCCUCUCCUUUUCAAAAAAAGACAAGACGAGAAUGGCCAUAUUUGGGACAACGUUGAUAGUUUCCGCAAUAAUCAAGCAGAGCUUCUCAGGGAUCCUGCGGGUGCUGCUAAGGUUUGGGAAGACACGACCGCUGGUAAUGAACUCGAUGUUUUCAUUGCUCAAAGCUGGGAAUAUGAGCUUAACUGGCUACUCAACCUCGAAGACAAUGUCGUUGGGGGCUGUGGCACUACCGAAGGCAGCUGCAAUCCUCUAGGUAGCAUGAACUGUGAGGAGCAGUUCAACAAGUACGUCACAGACAAGGAUGGCAAUGAGCAUAUCCUUGGAAAGACGUCUUACUGGAUCUUCCUAGCUGCCAAAGGUAUGCAGGCCAAGUUCAGGAUGCUGAAAGAAAAACUCACUUCCGAUACUAUGGUCGCUGGAUUGCUUAUUCCCAGCAUGGUCAAAGACUUGGAAGGCAAAGAGGAUCAGAAGUCUGAUAUCAUGAAGUGGCUUGCUGCUGCAGUUGGUUUUGGCGGAAGCCUAGGUGGUAAUGUCCCUGUAGCUGAACUUUAUAUAUCGACUGGUGCUGGUAUCUUGGGCAGCAUCUUCAGUGCCGUGGCAGACAAGACUGCCCCAGAAAGAAAUCGACACGUCUACUAUCUCCGGUGCCUUGGUCGAACUAUUCAUAGCCUCCGCCAACCAAAUCGACGAGACUCUCAAGCUUGCUCCUUGGAUGAUGCAAUCAAGUCUAUCACCGAGAAUAUCAAGCCUAAGAUCGCGAAUAAUGUCAUGAAAGCUGCCAAUCUCCGCCUUAUAGCUGACAAGAGGAUUCACAGCCGAGAGGACUGUGGCUAUGCUACCGGCAGCCAAUGGAUGUCUCUUAGAGAUGGGGAGGAGUACUGCUUCUACAUCAUGCGCUAUAAGCCCUUCGGUGGUAACUACAGCGAAUCGUGGACUGAGGCCGAAGAGGAAGUCUAUACGAACAUGGCCAAGUAUAACCUUGGAAACCAUGAUUCGUACUAUCGUGCCGUCCUCGACUGUGCUCUCAAUGCCGACAAACAGCUUCAGGUGGAUAACUUGGGUUUUAACAUCAUUCCUGUUUGCUUCUUCGACCUCGAGGCGUUUUUCAUCGACCAUAAUGACGCACCGGAAUGUACCAGCAACCUUAUUAACAAGGUCUGUCCUCCCGUCAAGGCUACUGCAAUUGCAUGA